AUGGCUUCGACUGUGUCUGCUCGCGCGGCCAGGUCCGCCUGCAUCGCCGCGCGCACUGUCCGGCCCGUCGUGCCCACACUCUCUCGCCCCCUAUCCACGUCCACGGACGGCGCGCCGACCAGUGAAUCCGACAAGCCCCGAUGGUCCUACACUCCGCCGCGCGCAAAGGCGCCUUUCUCCCUCCGAAUGAAGGCCAACCGCGUGCACUGGCCUGUCAACUCCGACCCGGCUCUUCUCGACCUGUUCUAUAUCCGGAUGCUGGGGAAUGGUGGUGACAAGAUGCUCUCGGAGGAGCUGAAGUGGCUCACAGUGACCCAUAAGAGUUUCGAUCAAGGACGCAGAGGAUUCAAUGAUCGACUGGCCUUUCUAGGAAAACGGAUCGUGCAAUUGCAGGCCUCGCUGGCUCUCGUCCAAAACCCCGAGACGACCCCCGAGAGACCCCUGACCGACAAAUUUGGUCGCACGAUAUUCUCCCACCCGGCAUUGGACGGACUGCACAAUAUUUCCCUCGAGAAGAAGAGCUUCCUCACGGAUCGGAAAAAGCUAGCAGACGUGGCGCGAAGCUACGAUCUGGAGAAGGUGAUCCGAUGGAAUCCGAAAGAUCCCGAAGGACCCAAUGGCUUGAAGACCUCCGGCUUCGAUUUGGUGUUGGCACACACUCUGUACGCCGUGAUCGGGGCGCUCUCGUUGGAGCAGGGUGGACAAGUCGCCAGCAAGGUAGCCAAGGAGCGGAUUCUCGCUCCCCUAGGCAUCAAGUCGGUGUCUUAA